CUAAACAAUGAAUAUCGGCUCCGCAAAGCUACGGCAAAUGAGCCUGGAAAAAUAAAUGCAUUAUAAAAAAAAAUCUCAUUGGUCUUUUUACACAAAUAGCUAUCUACAUUCACACGAAAUCGUCUACCGUGAUUUGAAGCUGGAGAAUCUCUUGCUGGACAAAGAUGGUCACAUCAAAAUAGCCGACUUUGGCCUCUGCAAGGAACAGAUCACCUACGGACGCACUACGAAGACUUUCUGUGGCACACCGGAAUACCUAGCGCCCGAAGUGCUGGAAGAUAACGACUAUGGUCUCGCCGUGGAUUGGUGGGGUACCGGGGUGGUGAUGUAUGAAAUGAUGUGUGGAAGGCUACCAUUCUACAAUCGUGACCAUGAUAUUCUGUUCACGUUAAUUCUGAUGGAAGAGGUUAAAUUUCCCCGAAAUAUCAGUCCCAACGCGAGAGAUCUGCUUGCCGGUCUACUGAUGAAACAACCUAGAGACCGUCUCGGUGGCGGACCGAAUGACGCCAAAGCGAUCAUGGUGCAUCCGUUUUUCUCGAGCAUUAACUGGACCGAUCUUGUGCAGAAACGUAUACCGCCUCCCUUCAAACCGCAGGUAUCGUCCGAUACUGAUACUUGUUACUUUGAUUCGGAAUUCACCGGCGAAAGCGUUGAGCUGACACCACCGGACAACGCUAGGCCUUUGGGGGCUAUCCAAGAAGAACCACAUUUCUCACAGUUCAGCUACCAGGAUAUGGCAUCUACUCUGAAUACGCCGUCGUUUAUCAACAACUCGAAUAGCUACGUAUCGAUGCAGUGAAACCGUCGAGCGGAUGAUGAAGCUGUGUGCUACAAUCGACUCGGCAGUAAACGCGACUUAUGCUCUUCGGGGUAUCCAAAAUCGCUAACACCAUCGCAUGUAGGAACAAUACAUGGGAGUAAGCGUUUCUGCCGUCGCAAAGCGUUCGGAAUCGUGUGGAUUUGCUACGUAAACCAGGUGGACCUUUUCGCGUUGAGAUUUUUGUUUUGCAGUUCGGGAGUGAUAAGAGGUCAAAGUGCAGAAUUACUUAGUUACGGUAACACAAACAAGCAUAGGUUUUGAAUAGCAAAGCAGAAGCGUCAAUAGCUACUACAACUACUGUCAAAUAUUACCGACAACUACAACACCACAGAGGAUGAGACAAUGGUCCUGAAACGGGCCGAACCCGCAGCAAAGCAAAGCCCAGCAAUAGACCGGUUUAUUUUCAGGUAACGCUAGCCACAACCACAAAACAAACACGAAACAGGUGCAAUCGCAAAGCGGUCACAUUCACAAUAGGACCCAGCAAUAGCCCGGAUGUUGAAACACAACCGGAAGGCUUUUGAAGCCCAGUGUUGAAUCAACAAACUAACCCAUUCCAUACUCCCUUCAUUCGAUGACGAAAAACAAAUCCAACAAAACCAUUCUAUAGCUACACGCAUAUGACGUAUAAAUUAGAAAACAAAACAUAACAAACCAUACACAACCUCCC